CGAGCAACGGCAUCAUUGAGUGGGAAUCUUCUAUCAGACAGAAGCUACAGUGGCGGCUUAUCACUGCGUUCGAAAAUCGGAUAGUUUCCUAAAUAUAGGAAACACUUUUCGUGACAUGUUUUACCUUACGUGUUGUUCGGUUCGCUGAAAAAUUUGGGGUGGUUAUCAGAAAAAUAGAAAGAAUAUUGUGUGAAAUGUCUCGCCCGGUAGGCCCACUUAAUGGUCCGCCAAAACCCGCAGUAGUGAGCUCCCAGGAGUUCAUAGUUAGAAUUCCGAAAGCCACCAAACGGAGACAUCAUGUUAUGCGCUUCAUGCAGAGUCGGAACCAAACCCCAUUGGAAUGGAGCCAAGUCCGCAUGGAGCGCGAAAACAAUCUUAAAGAAUAUCGCACGGAGUCGGAUGAACUCCCCAAAUAUGGAGCAGGCUCUGAAUAUGGGCGUGAACUAAAAGAUGAAGCUAGGCGCAAGAAAUUCGGAAUAGUUCGCAAAAAAUACAAUCCAGAUGACCAGCCAUGGCACCUUCGGGUUGGCGGAAAGCAAGGGAAGAAAUUUAAAGGGAUCCGUGAAGGUGGAGUAAUGGAAAACGCGUCGUACUACGUCUUUUCUAAAGCACCCGAUGGCGUUUUCGAAGCAUACCCAGUAGAUGAAUGGUACAAUUUCACUCCUAUACAGCGAUACAAGGCUUUGACUGCCGAAGAGGCCGAGGACGCGUAUAGCCAGAGAGACAAAAUCAUCAACCAUUUCGCUAUCAUGGUCAAAAAGCGAUUGGCUGAAGCGCAAGGAACAACCUUCGAGGAAGAUAAGGACGGGGCCUCUACCAAGGAACCAGGAUCUUCUUCCAAGAAGAGUCGCGAGAGCCUCAAACUGACGGACAUGGACGACUGGCAUGGUGACUCUGACUUCUCCGGCGCUGAGUCCGGUGGCGACAAUGCAGAAGAAGAAGCUGCUAAAAAAAAGAAAAAACGAAAAGACCAGAAAAAGAAGGACAAAAAAUCUCAAGAAAGCGAUUCGUCCGCUCAGGAAGAGUCCGAUGAAGGAGAUUUCGACGGUAGAGAAGUGAGCUACAUGACUUCGGGAAGUGAGUCAUCCGGAGAUGAACCCGAAGAUGAGAAAGUCAACAAACAACUGAAAGGAGUGGAAGACGAAGAUGCUCUUCGACAGUUAGUACUCUCUGAUGAAGACGACGAUGAAGAUGAUGAGAACAAAAAGGACGAAGACGACGAAAAUAAAAAUGAAGAAGACGGUGACAAGACUGGUGAUGGAAAAGGAAAAGAUGGCAAAAAAAGUUCAGGCGGGGACAAAGAUUCCGGAGGCAAGGGUGGUAGUGACCGUGGAGCCAAUAAAAAUUCGGCUGGAGGUGGUAAAAGUUCGGACGAAAGCUCGUCAGAAAAUUCCGAUUCGGAUCUUGACGACUCACGGUUACUAGGAAGCAGCGCUGUUUUUAUGCAGGGAAAACGCAAAGACGGAGGCUCGCGUUCAGGAACGCCUACUAAAGAUGUCAUUAACGGAACAAACGGGAUUUUGAAAAAAGUGAAAGCUCCCGGGGGAUCUAUCAAGCGCAAGAAAGAAGAAACACCUACAAAGGAAGGACAGGGUACAUCUACGCAAGGACCGUCGCAGCAUGGGACUCAGCAGUCACAUUUACCAAGUGCCGGCUUGGAGCAAGCAACGAAGAAGCCAAAAAUCGAACUGAACCUCGGAAUCAACCUUAAUAACGGUGGCAGCAGUAGCAGCAGCAACAACAGUUCAACGGUUGCUACUGUAGGCCCCUCAGGGUCUCGUGGAGGGGUUGACAACACUCCGCUGGCGCAGGUCGAAGGAAUUAACGAAGAGGCCGUGCGAAGGUAUCUCAUGCGAAAGCCGAUGACCACAACGGAGCUUCUGCAGAAGUUCAAAUCAAAGAAAACUGGCCUCACCUCAGAUCAGUUGGUCAACCUAAUUGCCCAAAUUCUUAAGCGCUUGAAUCCGGAGAAGCAGAAAAUCAAAGACAAACUUUACCUAUCCAUCAGGCAAUAAGUUAAUGAGCAAGCCAUCAUUUUCCACCCGUAUUAAUUUCUGUCUUUAUUUGGAUGCUAUUGCCACUUCUUGAGCCCUAGACGUAUAGUUUUCGGUACUUGAUUUUUUUAUGCAUUUACGUCAUUAUUCCACAACAUCAUCAAUCAAUGUUGCUUCGUUGGAUCAAACCAGAGCUUCGUGGACUAUUACAUAAAAAUUAAAUCGAUAAAAACAUUUCUAUUAUUUGUUGGUAUGGACUGCAAGACAGCCUGUGGUACAAUGUAUUUGGAACCUGCCAUGGUCGAUUCCGCAGGUACGGACUGUCACGUCUAAACCAGACGUAUAUACCAAAAAAAUCUCUUUCCAGACAAUAGAUAAUAAAAAUAUACACGUAAGCGCUAUUUGUUCUGGAACAAAUAAAGCUGUGUAAAAAUGCGUGUCAGAACGUC